AUGCUCGACGGGGCGAUCGACGCUGUGCGAGUCACCCUCAGCGAUGAGCAGCGCGCGGAGGAGCGGUACCUCCCCGACAACUACGACGCCUGGAACGAGUUCUUCCGUCGCCGUCACGAACGGGAACUCCAACAAGGCAGUAUUCAGGAUGACAUCAUGACCGAUGGGGAAACAAAUCAUAGCCUGUCUGGGGAACAUGAACAGGACAAUGCAACAAAGGUGGAUAUCACCCAGUGUGCUUCAACAUCAUUAGGGCAAAUCUCUAGCCUUCAAGACCAGGAGACCCUGUUAAUGAAGCUGCAAUCCCUAGAGAAUGGCUACAACGUUCAGCGAGGGAAGAUCAUCAAAUACUACGAGAACCGUCUAAAAGCCAAGCUAGCGGAACUCGAUAAGAAGAAAAUGGCUGAGAUGUCAGUCCUGUUAGCAGAGCAUGCAACUUCUCAAACCUCCUCAUUGCCAUCUGAUUCAGAAAAGGAAGAUAUCAAUCCUGCCAACACUUCACUUGCCAAAUCAACCUCAACUGUAGGAGGCUUUGUCAUGGAUAACCAACCUAUUCCAUCCUCACAGGUCGCCAAUAAUAGCGUGACAACUCUAGCUCCAGAGGUUGUUGAUCAGAAUUGUCACGCAUCUAAGGAAGUAGCUGGGGCAGAAUGCACUUUCGGUUUUCCAGAAGACGAUAACUUUUACACAGCUAAACCACAUUUAGGACAACAACAUCACCCACCGUCUGCGUCAUGCAAUGAGAGCCAAGCUGCGGCAACCCUGAAAUCAUAUAUUGACCACCUAUCCCUGGAUCGCUCACCCCCCCCUGCUUCAGAAGCGGCCAUUCAGACUGAAUCUCCCGAGUUCAUGGAAGAUGUAGUUCAGCUGGCCCAUGCAGCUUCUGCUGAAGUAACGUUGGUUUCUCAGAGUGAGGGUGUCGAAGAUGAUCCAACUCUACAUGCUGUUAAUCAAUCCAUGACUUCCCAAGUGUGUGCAAUUAGCCCAUGGUUUGUGGGAGUAAACUACCAUAAAGACGUCGACCCUGAGAAUGGUUCUCCUGCUCCUAAGCUACCUGAUGAUCUAGUAGUGGAGAUCCUCUCCCGGCUGCCGUUCAAGUCUUUUUGCCGCUUCAAAUGUGUCUCCAAGGAUUGGCUCGCCUUCUCCUCUGAUCCGCACUACAGCAAGAAGCUUCUGAAAAUUCCGACAGGUCUUCUGUACCAACGCCGUGAUAACUCUGCUAUCAUGCUUGCUAGCCUGCCCCACAAUGAUAAGGAAUUUGAUGAAGCUCUUAGUUUCCUACCACAGUAUGAGCAAUUAGAGCUGAUGGAUUCUUGCAAUGGCCUAGUCCUUUGUAAGUACAAGAGCAGCUAUACUCCUGUAGGUAUUUGCCGCUUCAUCGUGUGCAAUCCGGCAACACGAGAGUGGAGGGUGCUCUCUGAUACUCCUCGUAGCCAUUAUGACCCUUUUUACAAUAUGAGUAUUUUGGCUUUCAGCCCAUCAUGGCCGGCAAAGUUCUACGUCUUCAACUUUCAGCGGCUGAGUACCCGCUAUUUGGGAUUUGGCCCUGUCAAACUUCAGGUGUACUCGUCUGAUCUUUCCACUUGGUUUCUGGAUGAUACAUCAUGGCUCUCUGGGAGAACAGUAGUUUCUCAACCACACCUGUUUAUUGAUGGAGCAUUGUAUGUGCGGAGAGAAUUGCGUGAGAUUCUAGUACUGAAGAGAUUGGAGGGAACUAGUUGUGGCAUUCCGCCCACUCUUCGGAUUAUUGAGCUGCCGCAUGAAGAUGUUGGUUUUUUGGAUAGGGUUGGCAAAGGUUGCUUGGGCCAAUACUCGGGGGCCUUGCACUACGCAUUGCCAGAGGAGGAUGCUCGUACGGUUCUUGUUUGGAGUCUUGAUGUUGAUGAGCCUUAUGAGUGGAGCCUCAAGUACCGCCUUAAUAUGAGCCAUGCAUUCGGAAGGGACAACCUUCGUCGGUAUGACACAUACUGCUGGAAUUGUGACUAUGAUGUCAUGGCUCUUGACCUGGAGAGAGAUGGUCUUGUCAUGUUCGACAAACGAGCGGACAAGCUUCGUUGGUACAGUAUAAGCACCGGUGAACUUACUGAGAUUCAACCAGAAGACCACCGCUGCGACAAGUUGUCUGACAAGCACUAUCAUUAUGUGGCGUCCUACUCAAAGCUCCCAGUAUUAACCAUGUAGUCGGUACUAUCUUUGUUUGGGUUCUGGGUGUUACACCUUUUUAAGUUAUUAUGUUGUAAAAGAAAAAAUGCAGAGGUAGCUUCUCAAUUAAGUGCUAUUUAUGGACUGUAACCUAGGACUAAUUUUAUUUUUAGUUUUCUUGAACCUAUUCCAGUACCAAUAUUAAUGAGGCUAGCUCUAUUAUUUCAUCAUGUAAACUAGGAGCGCUACGUAUUCUGUUAUAGCC